CUGUGCAUCAAUGCGUACGCAGAAGAUGUCGUUUUCGUUCAUUCUACUGAUGAGAGGUAGUAGAGGUUAUACUAUUUAUAUUAACAAAAAAUGGCGGAUUUAAUGUUAACGGAGGAAGAAUUAACACAGAAGCAUAAAAAGGAACGAAAGGACCUACAAGCACAAAUACAAACUUUAAAGAAAUCCAUUUGUAAAGGCGACAAGAAAAAGAAAAAAGAGAUUGCAGAAGAGAUAGGACGCUUAGAGGAGAGUUUGGAAAAACAGCAAGCAGAAGAAGUGACCACAUGGAAACUGGCUCAUAUUACUCUAAAUACUGAACAGACAGAAUUUGUACAAGAACACGAAAUUGACGAAAUUGACAAGGACAAUAAUUGUUCUAAGCAGUCCGUACAUAAAAUUUCCAGAGCGCAGAAGAGAAGAGAUAAGAAAGCAAUUGCAGAGAUAGAACGCAAUCAAAGAAUCAUUGAGCAAGAAGCGCUUAAUGUUUUUGACAAGAGAAAUGUUGAAAUAGAAGCCAUAAAAAAGAUUCUUACCGAACGCAACUUAAUGGUUUAUGAAAUUCCUAGUGACGGCCAUUGUUUAUAUAAUGCAGUGGCGCAUCAACUCAAGGUAAAUGGAGAAACACCUCUUAGCUUGCACGAUCUCAGAACAAAGACUGCUGAUUAUUUGAGAGAAAACAAAGUUGACUUUUUACCAUUUCUUUCCAAUCCUGAUUCUGAUGAUCUAUUGACACCUGAGGAAUAUGAAAAGUACUGCAAUGAUGUGGCUGAAACGAGUGCUUGGGGUGGCGCUGUUGAGCUGCAGGUACUGUCACAUAUACUAAAAUGUCCAAUUGAAGUCAUACAGGCUAUAGGCGCUCCAUAUAUCAUUGGAGAGGAGUAUAGUAAUGGCAAAAAAGUGAUAUUGACCUAUUAUCGUCAUAUGUACGAGUUAGGGGCUCAUUAUAAUUCUGUUACAAAGUAUGUUCAGGAUGAAGAGAGCUGAUAAAAGUUUCGUCUAGAUAUUAUUUACAUUUUCUUACAAUCGUUUUCAAAUCUUAUUAUAGAAUGUUAGAUUAAUUUCAAUUUGUGACCAUAUUUUUAUCAGUCAGUUGAUUAAUUUAUUACGCUAAAUUCUAGAAAAUAUAUCAUAAAUUUUCAGAUAGUAUAAAAUAUUUUUAUCGAGAUAUAUACAUAAAAUACUGAAAAAGCUGCCAGCAGACUAUUUUCAAUCUUCCGAUUGCAUUUUUAAACUCUUUACAAUUAUUGUGAUGAUUAAUAACCGUUAUAUAAAAUGUAUAAUAAGAGAAAUUCUUUAAAUGUGUACAAUGACUAUUGAAGGAUUAAAUAUAUAAAAUGUAUUAUAAACUUCUCUUUUUCGAAAAUAAAAAAUUGAAAAGCUACAUUUUAAGCUAAAUAUAUGCUGAAAAUAUCGGAUAUUAUUGUUGAGAGUAUCAGAUUAAAUUUUUUAAUAGUCACACACAUUUUGGGAGUUUUUUUACAGCCAUUACUUUAACGUGAGAUACAUAUCAGCCAUCAAUAAAACGUAUUUCCUUGAUUAUAUUAA